ACACAACAACAAGAAUUGAGGACAAAAGUCUAGUUUAUAUAUCUCCUUUUCACCUCAAAAUCAAACAUUAGAAUCACUAAUACACCAUGGACUCUAGCGAUAACGAAGUAACAGUUGAUUUCUCUCCACUCCUUCGUGUCUACAAAAAUGGCCAUGUUGAACGUAUGUUUGGCUCACCUAUCGUUCCACCAUCACCAGAAGACCCUAUCACCGGCGUAACCUCAAAAGACAUAAACAUUUCACCAGAAAUAAAAGCCAGAAUUUACCUCCCAAAUCUCACAAACACUGCAAACCAAAAACUACCAAUCUUAGUAUACUAUCAUGGUGGUGGAUUUUGUCUUGAAUCUGCUUUCUCUUUUCUUGACCACCGUUACCUUAACCUUAUAGUUUCCGAAGCUAAUGUUAUUGCUGUUUCAGUAGAGUAUCGUCUUGCUCCAGAACAUCCUCUUCCAGUUGCGUAUGAAGAUUCUUGGACCGCACUUCAAUGGGUCGGGUCACAUGUUGGUGAUAAACCCGAGUUCGAGAAGGAACCGUGGUUAGUUAACCAUGGUAAUUUUGAGAAGGUACUAAUUGGGGGUGAUAGUGCUGGAGGUAACAUAGUUCACAAUUUAGCUCUCAGAUCUGGAUCCGAAAGCUUGAAUGGAGGAAUUAAAAUAUUGAGUUCUAUACUAUGUUUUCCAUAUUUUUUAACAUCGAGUGAUUUUAAGGAAGAUAGUUUGCCUAGUAGGAUUUGGGAGUUUGUGAAUCCAUCAGCUGAAGAUGGAGUUGAUGAUCGAAGAAUUAAUCCAUUUGUUGAAAAAGCUCAAAGUUUAUCAGGAUUAGGUUGUUCAAACAUUUUGGUAUGUGUUGCAGAGAAAGAUGAGCUGAGAAAUAUAGGAAUUAAGUAUGUUGAAGCUGUGAAGAAAAGUGAGUGGAAAGGGGAAAUUGAAUUGAUUGAUGUUGAAGGAGAAGAUCACUGCUUUCAGAUUUUUGAUCCUGAGAAAGAAAAGGCCAAAGAUUUGAUUAAGGGAAUGGCUAAUUUUAUCAAAAAGUAUUGAGUGCGACUGUUUUUUACUCUUUAAUAAUUGGGAUGAUUCAUUACAUUUUCUUGGCAAUGUCCAUUUUAGGAAAAGUUAAGAAGAUCAUCAUGUCAAAGUUUAUUUGAUAACGUACCCUUUUUUUAGUAGUAUGGAAUAUCAUUUAUUCUAGAGUUCCUUAUUUGUAAUUGAACGCUCUUUUGGAAGUUCCAACUGGUUCAUGCUACUACAAUCCGAGUUUUCUAC